AUGUCGGUAGCAAUUCUAGGCGGUGGUCUAUCGGGGCUCUCCGCGGCUUAUUAUUUGCUUAAAUCGAACGGUAAACUAUCCAUACGAAUAUUGGAAGGCUCCUCUAGACUAGGCGGUUGGAUUCGAUCGAAUAAAUUAGACAACGGCGUGAUAUUCGAAGAAGGCCCGAGGACGAUCAGACCUCGGGGAUUGGCCGGCGACAAUACGCUAUCCUUAGUACAGGACCUCGGUUUAGAGGAUCGCAUUACUCCGAUUUACGCCCACCAACCGGCAGCCAAGAAUCGAAUGGUCUAUGCCAAGGGUAAAUUGCAUUCGCUUCCUUCCUCGUUCGGUGGCCUAUUUAAAACUACACCGCCAUUUUCCAAGCCUCUUAUAAUGUACUUAUUAAACGACAUAAUCGCUUCGAGCAAGCGAGUCGAGGACGAAUCGAUCUACGAUUUCGUCAACAGACGAUUCGGACAGGACCUCGCCGACUACUUGAUCAGCCCGCUCAUUUGCGGAAUAUGCGCGGGAGAUUCCAAAGAAAUAAGCGUCAAUUUCCUCAUGAAGGGCCUCUUCGAGUACGAACAAAAGUACGGUAGUAUAUACAAAGGACUCGUUAGGAAUUUAUUCAACGUUGAAAAACACGAACUAAGCGAAUUGGGUGUAAAAGCUAAACGGGAAAAAUGGAGCGUCUAUUCGUUCAAAACUGGACUGGAAACGCUUCCUAAAACCAUCGAAAGCCACGUGAGAAGCCGAGGGGUUCCGAUCGAAUUGAAUUCCAAAUGCACCAAACUACAACUAUCACCCAACAACGUACAAAUACAACUAGGAAACAAGAUGGUAGCGCCCGAGCACCUCAUCAGCUCCAUUUCCUCGCAGGAACUCAGCCGAUUGGUGCGCGACCAGCACCCCGUAUUAUCCGAUCUACUCGGCAACAUUCGCAACGUCACAGUGGCUGUAAUCAACCUGCAGUUCGGGAACCUGCGGCUGCGCGAAGGCUUCGGGUUCCUCGUGCCGCCCAAGGAGCGCCUGCCCGUGCUCGGGGUGAUAUUCGACAGCUGCUGCUUCCCCUGCGGAGACGAUCGCACGGUGCUCACCGUGAUGAUGGGGGGCGCCUGGUUCGGGCGGCUGUUCGGCGACGAUCCCGGCGAGGAGGAGCUGCUGAGCACCGCUCAGAAGUACUUGAAGGUGACGAUGGGCGUGGAGGAGGCGCCGCGCGAGUGGAAGGUGAGCGUGCUGAGGGACUGCAUUCCGCAGUAUACCGUGGGACACGAUGGAUGGGUGAGGGAGAUUUACAGGUACAUCGAGGCCAAUCGGUUGCCUUUGACGUUGUGCGGUUCGUCCUAUCACGGUGUAGGGGUGAAUGAUGUGAUUUAUUCGUCGAGAAAUGCCGCUGAAAGUGUUUGCAAAAGUAUUAAUGCGAUGAAAUAA